AAAAAAAAGAAGAAAAUUAAAAAAAAAAUUGUAACAUAUUUUUAAGUGUAUCCGAAAUUAAUAAAUUUAAAGCAGAGUUUUUAGAUGCAGUUUUACUGAAUUGAUAUUUAAAGAUUUGAAAAUUUAAUUAAUAAAAUAAAAGAUGAAAAUUGUGUGGUUAUUUUCAUGACAAUUUUUUAUUUUCGAAUACUUUUUCGCUUUUGUAACAUUACACAUUAAAGUGUAAAAUUUUCAAUAUUACCUACUAUGAAGUCACCAACACCAUCAAGGCGCGCAUUAAAAAUAAAACAAUUGCUGGCUAACGCGUCCUCAAGGACAUUACCAGCAAUAUUAACAUUAUCGCCAUCGUUGCCGACGUUGUUAUCAACCUUGUCAUCGCCAAUGUCAUCAGCAAAGUUGUUAUCAUUAUUGCCGAACAUACCUUUUAACAAAUAUAAGAAACCAUUAGCAACAACGGAAACAAAUACAAUAAAAUUAACAAAAUGUUACUGUAAACAUAAAAGCAUACCUUCGUUUAGCAAUACUUUUGCCAAUGGAAAUGACCAGAAUAUGGUGUGUUGUAGUGCUUGUACUUCUUUAACAUGUAACGACGAUAUUAACCACAGAAGGAACAAAAAUUGUGUAAACUUGAAAAAGAAAACAAAAUUGAUGAAAACAACGACUGCAACAACAAUAGCAAACAGAAAGCAGCAACCUCAACAACAUAUAUUGAUGGCAGCUAACUGCAAUAAUAACAAUAACAAUGAUAGCAACAAUAACACCAAAAGGACUAAAAAAGAAAACAACAACAUUAACAACAACUGGCAUAACAAAAGCAACCAGGAUAUCAUCAGCAACAAUGGUCGUCAUGGCUCUCGUCGUCACAGUCAGCAACGACAACAUCAUCAUCAAAGUGUUGGCAGCAGCAGCAAUGGGUGCUGCAAUUGCUAUAGCAGCCAUACCGGUACAGCUAGCUCUUGGAUAUUUUGCCUAUGGUUAUGGAUAACAAUUUCAUCGCUUGUAUUUGUACAAUGUAUACCAUCACCAUCGUCAUCUGUACAGUUACAGAAACGAGGUGGUGGUGGCGCAUCGGAUGUAACCAAAGAUCAGUGCAAUAAAACGGUCGAUAUUUUUGAAGACGUUAGUUCACCGGAACUAACGAAUCAGAAUGUGGGGCGUCCCUUAAUUUGCUGGUAUCGCUUUCGUACACUGAAAGGAGCGCCACGCGACUUCGUCUUGCGUUUACGCUUCAAAAAGUUUAAAGUCGGAAAUUUACUAAACGCCACGCAUUGCGACGGUGGCUACUUGCAGAUUGUGGAUGGGAAUGCGAAAACAGAUGUCUCGAAUCGCCGUGAACCAGGCAUGUUUUGUGGUGAAGCUGAACAACCGCAGACAUUUAUUAGUGAAACGAGUUAUGUAAAAGUUUUAUUUCAUACCGACAACUUCACAGACCAGACUUAUUUCACUUUUGAUUCGCGUGCUGAACAGCAAACUGAAGUUUAUUUACGUUACGGUCAACAUCCGGAAUUAUAUCCCAAUCGACGAGGGGAAGUAGUGCAAGGUUCUUAUUGCGAGCGCGAAUAUCGUGACUGCCGGUUACAAACCUGUUAUGUACAAUCUCCCGCUUAUCCCGGCUUAUAUCCACGAGCCUUAAAUUGUCGUUAUAAAUUACAUACCAGACAACCAUAUAUCAAACUUUAUCUACAAAACGAACAGUUUGCGGUCGAUGGCCAAAGAUGCGAAAAUGUCAUGACUUGUCCUAUACGUCCUAUAGGUUCCGGUAAUGAGCAUUGUCCGUACGACUGGCUGGCUGUGUACGAUGGUCGCGAUGAGCACUCACCGUUAAUAGGGAAAUUUUGCGGUCUCGGCAAAUUUCCCUUUAGUAUAAUCGGCACUUCGCAGUAUAUGUAUGUGGAGUUUGUUACCUCACCAGCCGGGCCUCUGCUGAAUACCGGUUUUCAUUUUAAUGUUGGCAAUUGGCCAGGACAUGUUGAAACGGCAGGCAUUAAACAUGGCAUUUGUGAUUGGUUACUUAGUUCCGAUUCGCUAAAGGACAGCAGCGCCAGUGAGGGUAUAUUCCUAAGCAUAGCUCAUUGGUAUCCGCCGAACACUUCAUGCAGUUAUCAUAUUAAAGGCCGCACCGGGGAAAUUGUGCGCUUAUAUUUUCCAAGUUUUCGUAUUAACCGCAUUGAAUCGCCCAUAUUGAAGUACGAUGGCGAUUGUGGCGAAUCUUUAACAAUUUACGAUUCGGAUCGCACUGAUCCCGCUCGCAUUAUCAAGACAUUUUGCGAUACCUUUUCCAGACCUAUGGAAAAAGUGGAUUUUGUUAGCACGAGUCCCUCAUUGUACGUACAAUUUGAAUCAAAAACUGGUUCUUAUAGCGGUAGCUCACUUUACUAUUGGGCUCACUAUGAUUUCUUUAAUAACACCCGCUUUGGCGAUCCAGUGGCGAAUACGUUAUGCGAUGAAGUCAUGUAUGCCUGGAAACAUCCCGGUGGUAAAAUACGCUCACCUAUGAAUUCUUUAAUAUUCAAACGCACUGGCGGUUCAGAUGUACGCUGCCAAUAUAAAUUUAUAACCGAUCGUCGUUUGUAUGCUCGCGCAUUGAUCGAAGUGAGUGCAGUAAUGUUCAAGGAAUUGCCAUACAACAAUAAUGCUUGUACGCGAUGCCAUGAAGAACGUGUAGACAAGUUGGUGAUAUGGGAGGAAAGGGAAAAAUUCCAAAAUAAUUUAGCCUGCUUUUGUGAUAACAUACCGCGACCGGUUCGAGUAAUAUCCUCAGCCGAUCAAAUGAAUCUUGAGAUGAUAGUGCAAGGUCAGCAUGCCAUUACAUCUUAUUUUAAAAAUCCAAAUCCUUUGUUUGAAGCUUAUUAUGAAUUUGCUCAUGGCCCGUUGUGUGGACCCAUAACGCUGGGGCCAUCACCCGACGGUGAAUUGGUUUAUCCGUUUAAAAAAGCUUUAGCCUUGGUUACUGGACCUAUGGCUGCGAUACCAGAACAUCAUUAUCGUCGGGAAAAGUGCAUAUGGGAAUUAAAGGUAGCAGCUCAACGCGAUUUAUGGCUACACUUAGAGAAGGCCAGAUUCGGUGAUCGAACCUGCGAUAGUGCGAAAAUUGAAGUUUACCUGGCUGGUCGCUUGGAACCGCGCUUUAUAGUUUGUCCGGAGAAUAUUUCACUCGCUCGUGAUUUGCCCAUACUUUCAGCUGCCGACUUAGGCGCCUUGGCCAGCGAUCAGGAACCUCUGCCCGUGCUUAUCCAGUAUACAGGCGACGGUCAGCCGGGUAAAAAUGCUUUCCGCUUAGUAUGGACCGAGUUGUUCCAUUUACCUCGUAAUCCCGAUGGUAGUUUAGCUGCGUCCUUAUUGCAAGAUGGCGGUGGUUGUGAUUUCAAAUGUCCCGGCAAUACAGAAGUGUGUAUACCCCGCCAUCUCUUAUGCAAUGGCAUUGAGAAUUGUCCCAAUGUAACGCAUAUAUCAACGAUGGCCGAACUAACGCGGCAUAUAGUAUGGAAUUUGGAACAACUUGGUCUAUGGCAUGAGCAUAAAGACAAUCCAAAUCAAUUAAAGGAAUUGAUAUUACACGAUGAAUCACCGGAGAUAUGCUUGAAAGAAGAGCUCAACACACUGCCAUACGGUAAAAUCUUUCUCUUUACUUUGGGUGUAAGUGUUAUGAUGUUUUUAUUGAUCGCGAUAUUAUGUCGUAUGUGCCGACGAAAUGAGACGAUUUUAAAGCACACAGAAUAUUAGUAAAGAACUAAUUGAAGCAAUGACAAAAUAGAAGUAAAAAUAAAUCUCCUUUGAAUUAAGCUCUAUUUCUAUUUUCUUUUUUUUUUUUUUUUUU